AGGCGGAGUUGGGAGGCGGCAAGAGGACCUGCGGCAGGCCCUCUUCGGCAGUCUCUCCGGCCCGGUUUCCCUCGGCGUGCUACUGUGCGCUCGAUCCAGCACCAUGGGGAAGCGGGACAAUCGGGUGAGAUGGGGUUUCACCAUGCUGCCCAGGCUGGUCUCAAAUUCCUGGCCUCAAGCAAUCCUCCCGUCUCGGCCACCAAAAGUGUUCGGAUUACAGGAGUGCCACCACAUGCGGCCAACAAAUUUAUAAUGACAUGCGUUCACCAAUAUAGUAUCAUAAAGAGUAAAAAUCCUCUCUUCGGCCUAGCCAUUCCUCUACCACCCCUGUCCCCAAGUGUGGCAACCACUGAUCUUUUUACUGACUCCAUAGUUUUGCCAUAACACUUGAUUUGGAGCAACAAAAUGAAUAUUUCCCUGUGAAAAUAUUGGCAUUUUUUGAGAUUGUCUCAAAAACAGUUCCUGUUCUUUCUUACAUUGAUGAAACAAUCAUAGUUUUAAAGAUGAUAGGAUUGCUUUCCAAAAAAAGCCCCAGUGAAUUUCAGGUUGAACAGUUUUUUUAAUUUUUAUUUUUAGAGCAGUUUUAGGUUCACAGCAAAAUUGAACAGAAAGUACAGAGGGUUCCCAUAUACCUCCACACUUGUGCAGCUCUACCAUUAUCACCAUUCGCCAGCACCAGCAGGGUGGUACCUUUGUUACAUUUCAUGAAUCUACAUCGACACAUUAUCAUCACCCAGAGUCAGUAGUUUGCAUUAGGGGUCACUCUUGGUAUGCAUUCUUGUACAGUUUUUAUAACUGAACGUUUUAAUUCAGGUCUUGUAAAGGGCUCUUAAGUUCAUGAUGGCCACCUUUUGUGCUUGUUAUUUUCUGAAGUGUUCUUCAUGUUCUUUUCUGCUACUUUGGGCCCUCUAAAAUAGAUGUAUCCUCUAGAUAAAAAUAGGUAAUCAAAUUGACAAAUGAAAUUCUGCACAUUGUGUCUUCAGCCAGUUUUACUGCAUUGCUCUUUUUGUACCUGCCCACAUACAUAUCCCCUUGAGACCAAUUUGCCAUCCUGAGUUUCAGAAACAAAUCAUUUUCUGUUAUCUGAACUCAUGCAGCAGUUUGAAGCCACAGAGAAUUCUAGUUACAUAUGGAUGUGAAUGUUUGAUUUACAAGGUCACAGUGUUUCUAAUGAUUAAGUCAUAGUGAAAUGUUUCAAGAAAUUGCACAAUCUCUAUAUUUUAGUGAAUGCUUAACCAUGCCACCCACUUAAUGUUAGAAGCAUUAUUUUUCACACUGAUACAAAAAUGAAAACUCUUGUACCUUUGUAAAAAUAGUUACUUGUUUUAAAAGCUUUCUGUUGUGCAUAGUUUUAAAGAAAAGUAUUGUUGCUUAAUGAAUAAGAGCAGACUAUCAAGUGUUUUGCAUGGAGCCUAGAACAUAAGAUGCACUUUAAAAAAUAUUGCUAUUAUAAUUGAAAUAAACAAUGGAGAUAUUUGGAGUGUACUUAAGCAGACUGAGAUAGUGUUUGUGGUCAAAAGCUUAAAAGUAAGCCUUAUUCAGCAGUAGUUCAUGUAAUUGUACCCGUAGUCCUAGCAUGUGAAUAUACUACUUUACUAGUAUUUUCCUCUGAAAAGUAGGAAUAGGUUGGUAUGUACUUUAUGAAAGCAGUUUGAUAGUACACAGUAAGAUGUAAAAAUAUUAAUGUACUUUAAAGAUACAUGCUAGAUAACUUGAAGACUGUAAAACAUGGUAAAUGUUAUAAUUUUUUUCAUUAGAAUUAAAAAUUGCCACUGCAUUAUCUGUGAAUUUUUACAUAAGGACAGUUCAGCUCUCUGAGUUGGAGUGGCAGUAUUGUGGUUGGAUUUUUGUCAUUUUCUUUACUUUUAUUACUAUAAUAAUGUUUACGCAGUUACAUUUUUUGUUUUAUAAAGGUAAUCAUUAUUUAAAAUUUUUUUCUCCAGUGUGUGAAUGAAUAUGGAUGUUUUCCUUUAUAUUUUGGUGCACAUGCAGCCUAAUUUUUCUGAUUUUUAAAUUUUUAGUUAUUUAUUAAAAUAAUUCUUUCAUUUUGGCAACUUGCCUUUGCUUUUCACUUGAGAAAUCUUAAACAUUUUCUUAUCAGGAACUAUGGAUCUACUUCAUUCAUUUUAGUAGCUACGUAAUAUUUAACAGGGUGUAUACUUUAAUAUAUUUAGCGAAUCCCAGUUUGAUAGCUAUUUGGGUGUUUUCAGUGUUUGCUGUUUUAGUAAUUUAGACCUGAAUAUCCUUGAUAUGUGUAUAUUUGCACUCUUUGGAAAUAAACAGUUUUUACAAUUCUAACCUGAAAUAUUUUGCCAUUAGGUACUGCCAAAAUUAUGACAUGAUACCAAGGAAAUUAGAAUGUGAUCAAUAUUGUUGAAAACAAAAACAAAAACCUGAGAACAGUUAAAUUUAACAAAGGCCUAUAUGAACCCAAUAGCAAUGGCGAGAUCAAGGGGUCCAAUCCAGUCUUCAGGGCCAACAAUACAGGAUUAUCUGAAUCGACCAAGGCCUACCUGGGAAGAAGUAAAAGAGCAACUAGAAAAGAAAAAGAAAGGCUCCAAGGCUUUGGCUGAAUUUGAAGAAAAAAUGAAUGAGAACUGGAAGAAAGAACUGGAAAAACACAGGGAGAAAUUGUUAAGUGGAAGUGAGAGCUCAUCCAAAAAAAGACAGAGAAAGAAAAAAGAAAAGAAGAAAUCUGGUAGGUAUUCAUCUUCUUCUUCAUCAAGCUCUGAUUCUUCCAGCAGUUCUUCUGAUUCUGAAGAUGAGGAUAAGAAACAAGGAAAACGGAGAAAGAAAAAGAAGAACCGUUCACAUAAAUCUUCUGAAAGCUCCAUGUCAGAAACUGAAUCAGACAGUAAGGAUAGUUUAAAAAAGAAAAAGAAGUCAAAAGAUGGAACUGAGAAAGAAAAGGAUAUUAAAGGACUCAGCAAAAAGAGAAAGAUGUAUUCUGAAGAUAAACCUUUAUCAUCUGAGUCCUUGUCAGAAUCAGAGUAUAUUGAGGAGGUGCGAGCAAAAAAGAAGAAAAGCAGUGAAGAACGAGAAAAAGCAACAGAAAAAACAAAAAAGAAAAAGAAGCAUAAGAAACACAGUAAGAAGAAGAAAAAGAAGGCUGCUAGUUCAAGUCCUGACUCACCGUAACAUUAAGAAAAAUCAGGAUUCCCUUAUAAAGAAAGUGCAAUGUCUGAGGAAAUUUCAACUGUGAAAACUACAACAUAUUUACUAAAAUGCAUGAAUUUUCUUGUUUUUAGAAUUAUUCCUGGACUAUUCAGUAGCCACUCAGAUGCCACUGUGUGAAAGGGCCAUAAAUGUUGCCUGCUGCUUGAACAUCUAUUUUUUUCUCUUCCAGUGCUUGAUAACUCUGGGAGAUAAUACACUGCAGUCGUACUAGUGGUUAAGAUAUUUGGGAAUAAAAUUAAUACUUUUGACUAGAAGCGUCUAAGGAUAAACCAACAGAAAUUGAAUCUGGAUACAUCUUUAAGAUGUAAUCAGAAAUGACCAGAUGACUCUAGUUAGAAUUUUUGAAGGAGGGAUUACAUUAAUAUUUCAAAACCCUUACUCUGUAGAUAAGUGUAUUUUAAUUUUUUCCCCUCGUAUACUUUCAUUUACCUGGGGAAGGAGCUUUUAGGGUUGGGGGGUGGUUUGCUAUCUCUUUAGCUAGCAGAAUAGUGUGCCUUUGAUCCUCACACAUCCUGUAUUAUGGACACAGUAGCCAUGCUUCACGGGGAGGUCAGAGCUGGCUACCAGCAGUCUUGCCCUUUACUGAGCUUAGUGUCAUCUUUGGAUGCUGUCAUAUGCUGCUUUGAGUGAACCAGAGAAACAGCCAUUUUGCAGCAUGAGAAAGCCCCAAAAGCUCUGGGAUUUACCUCCACUUUAGUAAUAAUGAAUAUUUUUUAGCAUUAGAAUGUGUUAUGUCAUUUGAAUUAAUUUUGACUACACUUUGGCUUGGGAGAGGAAUUAUUUUAAAUAGACAUUGGUACUUUUUGAACUUGAUAGCUAAAGAUUCUAAAAUGCAUGUUUUAUACUAAGUUUUAACCAGUCAGGAAAAUUUUAUGUAACUAGUGAUAGUUUAUUUUUUUGUAUGAAUUUUGUUUAGGCUGCAAUGUUUAGCUUUUGUUAACUCCUCACUCUUGCUGUCUUAAGUUCAUUACUAUGUUUAAUGGCCUACUUGCCAAGAUAUUUAGCAUGUAAAAAGCAGGGUUUUGAUUUUAAAAAAAAAACGGCUUCAUAUUGAAGCUGAGACUUACAAUAACAAGUUGAGUGGCAAGCCUGGUAUGCUGUGUCUUAUUGCCAGAAUCUUAGUAAAUGUAAUGUUUUAAAAGUUUGUUGUCUUUGUAUAUUAAUAACAAAUUAUGACAAGUUAAGUUUAAAUAAGAGUUACAUUAUUGCUCUCCCUGUGUCAUAUUUUACUAAGAUUUUGUGCCUCAUGUCUGCUGCUGAAUUGUUUACUAGGAAUGUUAAAAGGAAUUGAUAAUUCAUUUUCAUUUUACAUUUUUAUAUAAUCAGGUAACAUGACAUACAACUUGAUGUACAAUUUUGCCUGUUACAAAGGGUGUGCUAAUUAUAGUGGUAUAUGCACAGAACAUGUUGGCAUGACAACAGGCUGAAUAAAUAGCUAUUUUACUUAAAAA